AUGGGUUACUUCCACGAACUGCCACAACCUGCUGCAUUUGGUCCACCGCGCACAUUUCGAAGCGAUAAUAGUACACGUCGUCCAUUGCGCUUGCCUCUGCCGCCAUUCACCUAUAAAUCCGGCAUUCUGUUAUUGCAAUUCGCCAACGCCUGUGCGCUUAAUGUGCUACGCUGGUCCGCUGCCUCCGAAAACAACUACUUCACCACAAAUCGCUUUUGGUUGCUACUCACCGCUGAUGAGGCACAUAUUUCACUACUCGAUGAUGAGGAAAUAUUUCUGCCACCUGAUGGUGAGGUGCGGGUUAUGGUGCGGCAGCCAGCAACGCAAUCCUUCGCGAUGCUCGAUGUGUAUAAAGUUGCCGCAGAAAAGCGUUUGAAAUAUGCUAAAAUGGGUGUGCCACAAAUGCGCGAUGUCAACGAUUUAUUGGAGGCGCUUCAAAAAUUUGGUUCAGCCAUUUCCUAUCGCCAAAACUUGGAGGGUAUCACCUUUAAAACGGGACUUGUUAUUGCUUUUCCCGAUUUGUUUACGAAUAUCGAAGAUAUAUCAUUGCGGCAUAUCGACACUAUUUCGAAAGUAAACAACCGGCUCACCAUCGAGUUGGCCAACAAAUUAAAUAUGCGCUUCAACACCCAUCAGGUGGACAAUUAUGGCUGGCACCAACCGAACGGCUCCUUCGAUGGCCUCAUGGGUCGCUUCCAACGCUACGAACUCGAUUUCGGACAAAUGGCCAUUUUCAUGCGUCUAGAUCGCAUUGCAUUGGUUGACUUUGUAGCGGAAACUUUUCGCAUACGCGCUGGCAUAAUGUUCCGCCAACCGCCACUAUCCGCAGUGGCUAACAUCUUUGCCAUGCCUUUCGCACGCGAUGUUUGGAUAUCCAUACUGCUGCUAAUGAUCUUCACCAUAGGCAUAUUCAUGGUAGAGCUAUUGUACUCACCGGAAUCGCAUGAGAUUGGCAUACUCGAUUGUGUGGUCUUCGUUUGGGGUGCAAUGUGUCAGCAGGGUUUCUAUGCGAAUAUCUUCAAUCGAUCAGCGCGUGUCAUCGUUUUUACAACAUUUGUGUCAACGCUCUUCUUGUACACAUCAUUUUCGGCGAAUAUUGUUGCAUUGCUGCAAUCUCCUUCGGAGGCAAUACAAACUUUGAGCGAUUUAGCGCAAUCACCGUUAGAGAUUGGAGUGCAGGAUACUGUUUAUAAUAAAAUUUACUUCAAUGAAUCUACUGAUCCUGUCACAAAUCACUUGUACCACAAGAAAAUUGCACCAAAGGGUGAUAAUAUUUUUAUGCGUCCCACAGUUGGUAUGGAAAAAAUGCGCACAGGACUCUUCGCCUACCAAGUAGAACUGCAGGCUGGCUACCAAAUUAUCAGCAACACAUUUAGCGAGCCAGAGAAGUGUGGACUCAAGGAGCUCGAGCCCUUUCAGCUACCAAUGAUCGCCAUACCGACAAGGAAGAAUUUUCCAUAUAAGGAACUUUUCCGCAGGCAAUUGCGUUGGCAACGCGAAGUGGGUUUGAUGAAUCGCGAAGAGCUCAAGUGGUUUCCUCAAAAGCCCAAGUGUGAGGGCGGCGUUGGCGGUUUUGUUUCGAUCGGUAUCACAGAGUGUCGCUACGCGUUGGGUAUUUUCGGAUUUGGAAUGUUGCUUAGCGCGAUUUGCUUUCUAAUUGAAUUUUUAUUCAGAAUUUUUAGAAAAAUUCUAGGUAUGCAUUAUAGUGGGCAACAGUCAGCAGUCUCAGAGGUGCACGCGAUGCCCAACGAGAUUGCUGAACAAAUGGCGAUUGCGGCGGACGAACUGGGUGCAAAUCCAAACGGCCAAGGCGCUCAACCCUCUCGGGACGCUGUAAUGGACGAAAUGGACUUUGAUCCAAACGGCCUUCUCAGCAACCCGGUGGCCAUGGAUGUCGAUACUGCCAAAAUGGACUCUGGUUCAAAUGGCAACGACAUCCAAAUACCCACAGACGAGGAGGAGGCGCUCUUAUCGUCACAGCAGGAGGAAGCUAGUACUCCUAAAAGAAAACUCUCUGGAGCAGGUAAAAAGCGCUACAAAUUCUACCUCUCCAGAGGUGUCAGCGAAAGCGAGGCCAAACGGCUAGCCACUAUUCCGAUGGCAAAAGGAAAAGCCGAACUGGCUUUGCUGGCUGGCACAAAGCUUAAGAGGAACCGAUCGGUCAACCUCACAUCUUCCCCGGUGGAGAACUCUCCCAAACGGAAACCAGGUCCAGCUGACAAAAGGGCCCAUAUGGGACCAAAGGUACCUAGUGUUAAGGCAACUUUUGCCGAUGUCACAAAGGCGCCGACUUGUCAGGCGGACACUGGCCAUUCAGACGGCCAUCCUGGAGGAGGUGAGGCGGCAGCGAAAGGGCUCUGUGAAGCCCAAGUUUAG